CCCACACAGAGCAAGUGAAUGCACAAUAGUUUGCACGGCUAGAAGAGAUGGCACUGCCAACGAUUGUGACCGUUCAGACGGCCUUAGACCAGUUUCGAAAACAGACUGCAGGCGUGCGCUGCAUCACUGUCACGGACCGGGAUGGUGUGGUGGUGCUGAGGGCUCCCGAAUCUGAUGACAACACCUCCAGUGGCGUGCUCACCACCAUCUUUUCUUUGCUCAACGUGCAGAGCGAGAAGGUCAAGAGCCUCGGAUCUAUGAACACUGUGCUGAGCACCUUCAAGGAAGCCUAUCUGCUGCAGAUUGGAAUGGAAGUGCUGGUGAUCUCCAUCAUCGCGGACAGGGACGCCAACAUUGGCGCCAUUAUGGCGUUGACACCCUCUUUGAAGGAGCUACUUCAGCCUACUCAGCACGCCGUGAAGAGGGAGACUGAGCUGACAAGGGGCUGACGAUCUUCAGCCAAGGCACGCCAUUCAGUGCGUGCUCCCUUGGGGGGAUGGCGCCGACUGAUCCUCCAAUUGCUUUCAAGAUUUGGAGAUGAAUGAUCAAAUUAUUCUGUCUUCAAUGUGUGGUGUCUUCUUUGUGAUUCUCUUUUGCAGCACCGGCAUCCAAUGUCUAAUAGGACACAUGUGGCAUGGCAUGCAGACAUCACUUGCCACACUAGAAAGUCAAGACCAUUGGCGCAAGAUGAAACUGCGCAGCAAGUGGCAGGUCGGUAUAAGAUGUGUCGCAACGCAUGGCUGCUGCAAUCUUCCAAUCGAUAGGCAGUCAGGGGUCUUCCUUUUGAGAGUGACUCGGAAAUUCAUUCCCAUCAGUCACCAGCUUCGAGUCUCUAGGGGUUGGACA